ACGUCACAAGAGGAAGCAGAGAUUGUUACAAUCUGUAUCGUCCCGACAGGAAGCUGAACCUGCAGCAUUAAACACGGCACAUUAGAGUGUUAGCUCUUCUAUGUCCCUGACAGCGGAGGGACCCUGUUGAGAUGGCCCUGACCAGCCCCCCAAAACUCAGCGAAGAUGAUAUGGCUGAAGUGAAGAGAGAUGUUCUAGAAUCAUUGAGACACUAUCUGUGCGAAAAGAUCAUCGCGGAAAGACAUUUUGACUACUUGCGAUCCCAAAAGAUACUGAACAGAGAUGACACGGAAGAAAUUUUGUGUCAAACGAACAGUCGUAAGAAAGCCGGAGAGCUGCUGGACCGCGUGGCCAAAAACCCCAAAGGACUUGAUGCCUUCGUCGAAUCCAUCAGGUUACUAAAGACACAGGAUUUCCUAAUAGACAAAAUCACGGACGAGGUCCAGAGAGCCAGAAACAGGAAGCUGGCGUCCAUCCGGGGUGACAGUUUAGAAGACAUUAAUAUUCUAAGGACUCCAAACGGGUCUGUGCAGGAAGCAAAUUACACGUACUCCAUGGACGACAAGCUGUUUGCACCUGAAAAGGAAUCGACGGCUCUCUAUCACCCCGAAAGUGAGGCCAGCCUCCCCCUGUACUUUAAUACAUCUCUGACCUUAAUCAACCAAUCAGAUUCAGAGCCAGGGGUUACCAGACAAAGUGUCCCCCUAUCAAGCAGGCUUCCAGUACCAGGAGAACCUGGGGCCCCACCACUUCCCCGUAGCCCCCAGGAAGCCUGCUCAAACUCAGCAUUCGACAACCAGUUUCUGCCUCUAAGGUCAAGCUCAUUUUCUGCGCCAUGACGGUGUAGUAGUAGACACCCGGCUGCAUGACGCAGCGACUGAGACUUGAAAUCACUGGAUAAAGUCAAAGUAACAAGAAAUAAAUGAAAUCCUAUAACAGACGCGGAACAUAAUUUUAUAUUUUUAUCGCGUAGAUUGUACAGUAUGUAGUAUAAAUGCUGUAUGUGGGCCUUUUCUUGGGAAACGAAUAUUAUUAACUUCUUUUCGCCAAAUGAUUACAUGUUUGUUCUUGUUUUUAUACGCAUUAUGCGAGGUUGCAUUACAUGCAUGUAAAACAUUCUGCCGCAUUCCUAAAUACUUUGUGUAAACAAAUUCGAAUCCAAACUUUCAAACAUGGUCUUAUUGCCUUGGCAACCAAGAGAAUGGUCCAAUCAGCACGACUGUUCCAUUGGUUGCUAUGGAGACUUGAUUACUUCCCACUUUAUGUUUUACCCCGCUGACAUUUUUCUUACCUUUUGCUGAGUGGAAGCCGGGAAAACCUGGAAUAAAAAGUAGCAAAUUGUUUCAAA